CUCACAAACACACAAUCAGAGCAGAGCGGAGGAGAACAUCUUCCUGAGCUGACAUCCACUGAAGGAGCACAUCGCUUUUAUUAUUUCCAACCUUCCGAGAUGGGACUUUUCCAAGGUGUUUUCCUGCUCGCUUGCAUCGGUUUGGCUCAUCAAGCGGAGGCACGCAAAACGUAUGCAGACAUGUUCCCCCACAAGCACUUAAUACCAGGAAAGAUUCCUUACCCCAUCCCGCCCAUCCCUGGCUGGGGUCCUGACACCCACCCGUGGGACGCCUACAUCUACCCGCCAAUGAAACCAAAGAACAACGAGCUCAUGAACAGACGAGGCAAGCCUACAGUCAAACUCACCAGCGACAGUCCCGCUUUGAGCGGCUCCAUCAUCUCCUUCACGGCCAAGCUCAAGUACGCCCCGUGCCAGAAGGAGGACGCCUCGGGGAACCUAGUAUGGGAUGACCGCUGCGACGACGCCAUGGAGCUGGAGGCCUCAGCAAACGGACAAGUGCGCCCUGGCUUCAUGUACAACUGGACGACUUGGAUGGAUCACUUUGGAUUUGGGAAAUGCACGAACCCGGCCAAAUGCAACACGUUCCCCGAUGGCAAGCCUUUACCAAAAGGCGACUGGAGGGACAAGAACUACGUCUACGUGUGGCACACCAUGGGUCAAUACUUUCAGACAAACGACAACUCGUUCUCCACCCUGACCCUCAACACCUCCGUCAUCCCAGUGGGAGCAGAGGUGAUGGAGGUCCUGGUCUACCGUAAACAGGAAGACAGGAAGUACAGCCCCCUGAGUAACGACAACGUGGUUUUCUACGUGACAGAUACGAUCCCGCUGGCGGUGGACAUCUCCCAGAAGGCCGCGGUCCAUCAGCCGGACAACGUGUUCUUCCGCGACAAGGACGUGCUCUUCCAGGUGCAUCUCCACGACCCCAGCGGAUACCUCCGAAAGGCGGCGGCCAUUGACUACGUCUGGGACUUCAGAGACGGCAACCAGCUGGUGACCCACCGCCCCAUGACCACACACGCCUACGCCGCCGUGGGCAACGUGACCGUCAAGCUGGUGGUGGAGGCGGCGUUUCCUGUGGAGUGUCCACCAGCUACGGCCAACUACGCCUCCACGCCACCGCCCUCUACUGAGGCUUCAACACUUCCACCUAAUCCUGUUACUACGACGACAAAGACACAAGCGACGCCCAGCUCAGCUUCUGACGCCAUGACAACAGGGAUCCCCACCACCGAGUUCCUCCCGUCCAAUGCGACCCCGGAGACCGACCCCUCCACCCCAGAUUGGGUCCGCGGCAGGCGCGUGCCCCACGGCAAAGAGUGUUACGGCUACGUGUACGGGACGUUUGUGGGUAACAUCAGCAUCAUCGAGCCCAAGCAACAACUACAGAGCGAGGCCAACGGCCGUAUUCUUGACGUCAUAGCCGCCAGAGUAACCAAGACUGACGUCACUUUCCUGGUGAAAUGCCUGGGCAGCAUCCCCACGUCGGCGUGUACCAUCGUGUCGGACGCCACGUGCACGUGGGUGCACAGCAUCGUGUGCGACAAGGUGCCGCCGUCCGCCAAGUGCGAGGUGAACCUGAGGAGAAGCUUCCCCCUGCCGGGCACCUACUGCGUCAACAUCACCCUGGAGGACUCCCGCAGCCUGACUCAGACCACCACGACCGUCACCGUCAAUAAGUCCCAACUGGGCCCAGAGUCCCAGACGCCCGACACUUCGAUGGUGAUCCUCACUACCAGCGCUGUCCUGCUCGCACUUUUUGCACUUAUUGCAUGUGUGGUGUACAGACGCUACAGGGUGUACCGCCCUGUGGCGAGCCCCCUGGCGGAGGACGCCCGCAGCCGUGGUGCGUUCGGCGGCGGAGUGAUACGCCUGAGGGAGGCGCUCUUCCCCUCCACGGAGGAGCGGCAUCACCUGCUGACUGAGCGGCGCCCCCUGUAGGUGGCCCUCUGUCAUGGCACCCAAUAACCGUCGUUGCCUAUACAUUUCAUAGCAAAACAAGAUUUAUGUUCAUAUAAACUCUAUAUUUGUAACUUGUUGGCCGGACCAGGUUGUAUCAAUAUUUUACAAUCUCCUGGCUCAUGAGUGGAAUCAUUUGGUUUGCAUUAAUCAGUAAUGGACACUAAAGUUUUUGUCAAAAGCACAAUUUUCUCAAGCAAGCUUUUUUGAGGUGCCAAGUAUACUUAAUUUCAGUUUUACAGUAUGAAACUGGAGCAGAAUUUAAUAACAAACAUGUAACAUAACAGCUUUUUUAAAAGACAGAUUAACCUGAUUAAAGGAGCAUUUUUACCUCAAAGUAUUAAGUUUCAGCUUCGAAGGCGCAUUAAAACAAUAUCACAUGACCGUAAAUAUUACUUGUUAUAUAGCUACUGUGGUACAUUUUGUCUACUUUAUACCUUUUGUUUUUCGCCCUCUUUGUGCCUUUGUGUGCACGAUGCUUUCCAUCCUUUGUAACAGCUACUGUGUGGAACAAUUUCCCUUGUGGAUCAAUAAAGUUUGUCUAAGUCUAAGUUGAUGCACAUGUGAA